UAUUAUCAAAAUUCUCGAAAAACUUUGCCAACCAUCGUGAUAUACGUUAAACAACUUUGGUUUCUUGCGUUAAGAAGAUACAUAAAUAUAAUAGAAAAAUCGCAAUUUUUUGCCGAUUUUAUAUAUCCCAUCACAGGGAAUAAUUGAUCUUAUGCUGACUGACCUUAUUUACGACUACAUGUAAUUUGCGCGCCGUUGACUCCGUACGCGACAAAAUAAGCGAACGAUUCCGAAACAACGCUCGUCGUAGUUAGAUCUUUUAAUUUGAAAUUUCAAAAAUUAAAUUCUACAUGUGCACACACGUCCAUCGAGCUUGAAACAGAGCUCGAACGUGUGGCAAUGCCGCGGCGUCGUUAUUGGUCGGAGCCUCUAGUGGCGAAUACCGCAACUACACGUCGGCACAUUGUCCCACAUUGACGCAAUAAAUAACGAACGCAACACGUGAACAACGUUUGUGUGUCGUAUAAAAUGUCAUGCGGAGAAACGGACUGAGAUUAUCACGUCGCGUUCUGGCCAAAUCCUGACUGAUCGCUUUGUUAGUUCGCGAGCUCUCGUCAAAUAAUCGUCGCGCUUUCGAGAAAAAUCCACGUCCCCUCCGGUGUGUAACAACGAGAGCCUAGAGAAAAUGCGCACCGAAUCGUAUAUUCUGCUGAUUUACCUGUCGCUCGCGAUUUUCGGCGGCGCCGAAAAAAACGAGAGCGCGUUUGUGGCAACGAAUGAGUGGCAAACAGUGAAGAAGGGAACUCCCAUCCCUAAAGGACUUCACGUAAGACAUAAUUUUGCAACCGGAGUGACAGAAGCUAAAUUGAUGGACGAUGAAGAAGUUAAAGAGGACACUGAUGAAAGUGCAAAUCGAUCUAAUUCGAACUCGCUGACGUUACAUCCUGAUAAAUCAGUGCUCGAAAGUGAAGAAGAAGAACCUGUAAAAAUAAAGAAAGACUCGGUAUCUUUGAAAUUUCCUAUCGAUGAGUUAAAAGCAAGAUUGAAGAAGCUCAAACAAGAAGAAACAGAAAAGAACGGAGAAGCACUUCGAAAAAAUGAGAACCGUUUUAAGCGGUUUUACGAAACUUUAAAAGAAGAGCUCAAUGCUCUCAAAGUCAACGUUACCAGCGAUUCAGAAUUAUUAAAGAAGUUUUUCCAAAAAUUUCAAUUUUACAAAAAUAGUAUCACCACAGGGACAUUAUCCGUUGUAGAAACUGAGGAAGUUUUAGAUAUUUUGAACAACUUGGAAUAUCUUCUUCAUCAAAUCGAUAAUGCUAAAAUAUUCUCAGAUAUGGACGGGUUGAUUCAGAUUAUAUCGCCAUGUCUCAAUGGAACUAACAAUGAAAUAAAGUCGGAAGCUCUACGGCUUUUGGGGGCAGCCGCUCAAUCGAAUCCCAAAGUGCAAGCUAAAGCGUUGGAAAACGAUUUUAUUCAAAAAGUGUUGCACGUUUUAUCCACAAACACUAAAACCGAAGUGAGAUCGAGAUGUCUCUUCGCCCUAAGUGCCUUAAUACGUCAGUUCCCAGCCGCGCAAAAAGCUUGGAUCGAUCAUGGCGGUUUGCAGUUACUUGGAAAGAUUCUUUACGACGAUCAGUUGCACAUACAAAUGAAAGCGAUGAAACUAAUUAAUGAUCUAACGAUCGAGAGGCAAAAUUUGCAAGAGAUUAACGACGUCGACCAACGUCAGCAGAAAACAAGGGAAUAUGAUAUUACGGACUUUGAGCAGAAAUUAGUGAGGCACGAUUACUGCAAACUCCUGAGCAACUUGAUGGUCAAGUGUUUCAGAGAAAAACUAGCUAACAAAUUCAGUAUAGAAAAUAACGAUUUUCUCGAAGUAAUUUCAGAUAGCAUGAUCACGGUAACUCCUAUUUGUAGUGCCGACUUUAAAAACUAUAAAUCUUCUAUUCUGCAUGUUAUAGACAGUCUGUUGUACUUUUAUCAAAAUCUAAAUAUUAAACUCACAGUGGAUGAAACUGACGUUCUAAAGAGUCUGAUAUCACUGAUCGAAAGAUUAAAGAUUACUAUAUUCGAAACUCCUCAUGAUGAAUUGUGAACCCUUUAAGUUUGAUAUUUUAAGGCAAUCGAAGAAAAAUAUCAAGAAUUAAACUGAAUUACAACCUUGCCGAGACAGACGCAAAAGUGCAAUUGUGUACAAUAAUAUCGUCUAUAUAAUAGUGUAGAGGUUUCUAAUGUGUAUUUGUUUGUGGACUAUAGCGGUAAGAAGUCGUGUAAGAGAAAAAAAUAUCGAUCAUAAUAAUGAUAGUUUUGAAAGAAAAAAAAACAUUUAUCUGCGAAUGAAUGAUUAGCUAUACAAAGUUUGCAAAAAAAAAUAAAAAUAACAAAGCAAAGCAUUCGUCUAUAAAUUACAAAAUAAUAUUUUAUUAUUCUAGACUAGAUGUGAUAUCGUAUAUUCCUAUUGUAAAUAGCUCUUGUACUUGUAUCUCGAUCAGUAGAAACAUGAAAGUUUCUUGUCUCUUGCGCCUAAAUUACAAGUGUUACACACCAAUUUUAAUUCAAUGUUUAAAACAAUAAUGAAUGUUUUCUCGUAACUUUUAUUGUCUUAGAUUAUUAUUGUUAUUAAUAAUAACAAUAAUAAUAACAAUAAUAAUUUGUUAUUAAUAUUAUCUAUUGAAUAUUUUUAAUCGCUCAAAAACUGUGUUCUUUCAGAAGAGACAAGAACUGAAGAUUGAUUUAAUCGUUUAUAAAAGCUCAAUCAAUAGUCCGUAUACAUUUUCUGUGAAACAACUAAAAACAUUUUAUUUUAAGUAAAAUGACUGAGCUAUGUGUACAUAUAUAUAUAUAAUAUAUUAUAUAUAUAUAUUUGUAAGAUUUAGUUAUAUUUGCUAUUAGCCAUUAAGACUAGAUAAUGUACAACACUGUUAUGUUUUUUCUCUGUGUUAAAAAUAAUUAUUUAAUAAAUUA